CUGAAGCCUCACCCACUCAAGUCCACUUGCUAGAGUUUUAUCAUAUUGUCAAGCGGGAGUAGUAUUUGUAUUGCCUUCUCACACAGACACAGUCAAACAUUUCUUCAAAUCUCAAACUCUUCAACGCUUGGGCGUCUCUGAAAUACACAGACCACGAUAGGGGCUAGACAUACAACGGCUUCGGCAUGACUUUACGCGAGAUGUUUCAGGUGAUCAACGUUUCCGCCUCUGGUCUUCCCAACAUUGGCGAUGAAAACUCCAAAAUGCAAGUUUACGCAAAAGUUUUAGUCGGGAAACGCAAAAAGAUGAAAACGGAAACGGACGAGGAUAAUGAGACAAACCCGGCUUGGAACUGCGACAUGAGUUUCAAACUAAAGGAGUCGGAGGUGAAACAAGAAGGGGCCAUGCUUGUCAUCAAGUUAUACUGCAAGCGGCCCCGCUUCGAAGAGGACAGGUACAUGGGUGAGGUGCAAAAAUCUUUAUGUGAACUUUUCAAUGAAGCGGCGGAGAAGUACAAAAGGCGUGGCAUAUGUGGAUUACCCUUGAAAAUGGCUGGUUCCGAGACAUCCACUGGAAUGCUACGUUUUUCAUACAGGUUUAAUAGUGUCAAGAAACGUGUCUGGUGGAAGAAAAUAUUUUAUGUCAGCCUAGGUUUUAUAUUUGUUUUAAACACAUAAUUUUUGUUGCAUGUGUGCGACCCUCGAACUCUGUUUUAUUAUUUUUUGUUUUAUGAAGAUGAUGACGAAGAGCGAACCCGAAGGGAACUUACUGAAGAGGCAUCUAAAUUAUUUGAUUUUAUCCAAAUUCCAAUACUUCUAUUGCGCCUCUAUGUACGUGUGUAAAAUAAUUGUGUCAUUGAUGAUUAUUUGUAUAUAUUAAACGUACCACACUUUGUGUGUGAAAUUGUGGUAUGGAUGAUUAUUAUAUAUAUACAUAUGUUAGUCUUCCUAUA